AUGCUUAGUGAUGCCAAAGACACAGAAAGCUGCUCCAUGACAGCAGCUGAAAGUUCUUGUCCCAUGAGGAAAGCUGGAUGUGUGAAAGCACAACAGACACCUCUGCCUUCGUACAACGUGCCCUUUGACUUAGGUGACAUCAUUGGUGUGACUGGGACACAGGUGGGCUGUCACGGCAGCCUCGUGCAGGCACCAGCCCCUCAGGGACUAAUCUGCCUUGCAUGCCUUGGAGGAUACCUCAGGCAGUGGGCUACCUGUCAAGGUGUACACACUUGGUCUUCAGAUUUUGGGACAUUAUACACAAAGUUGAAUCUACAGCCUGGGAUUGCCACUGUUAUUGACAAUUUCUACAUUUGUCCCACCAACAAAAAAAAGAAGAUAAUUCUUGUAAGUUCUUCCCACAAUGACCGUGACCAAAGCCUUUUCAUAAGCACAGAUGAAGGAGCUACUUUCCAGAAACAACCCAUUACUUUCUUUGUGGAAACUCUCCUUUUUCACCCGAAAGAAGAAGACAAAAUACUUGCUUACACCAAGGAAGGCAAGGUCUAUGUAUCUACUGACUUAGGGAAAAAAUGGAUCCUUCUGCAGGAACGAGUUUCUAAAGAUCAUAUUUUUUGGGCCGUUGCUGGAGUUGACGCAGACCCUGAUUUAGUUCAUAUGGAAAUCCAGGACCCCAGUGGAGGUUAUCGCUACAUCACUUGCCAGAUUCAAAAUUGUUCUGAUAAGACAAUGACAAUCCCAUUUGCUGGUAGUACUGAUCGGGAUUCCCUGACUGUGCAGGAUGACUACAUAUUCCUUCAGACAACAUCAGCAAAUCGGACCAAGUAUUACGUGUCUUACCGUCGAAAUGGCUUUGUACAGAUGAAGUUGCCAAAAUAUGCAUUGCCAAAAGAUUUACAGAUAAUAAGUACAGAUGAAAACCAGGUUUUUGUGGCUGUUCAGGAGUGGUACCAGACAGACACGUACAACCUGUACCAGUCUGACCCACAAGGUGUUUACUACUCUAUCCUGCUGGAGAACGUCCGGAGCACGAAGCAGCCAGAAGAGAAUGUCCUGAUAGAUAUCCUGGAGGUCAGAGGUGUAAAAGGAGUCUUUUUGGCCAACCAGAAAAUUGAUGGGAAAGUUACAACUCUGAUAACCUACAACAAGGGCCGCGACUGGGAUUUUCUAAACCCUCCAGACAUUGACAUGAAUGGCAAACCAACCAACUGCAAACCUCCCGAUUGCUACCUUCACCUCCAUCUCCGGUGGGCAGACAAUCCCUAUGUGUCGGGAACAGUCCACACGAAGGACACUGCACCAGGGCUCAUAAUGGGGGCAGGUAACCUGGGGUCCCAGCUGGUUGAGUAUAAAGAGGAGAUGUAUAUAACAUCUGACUGCGGGAACACAUGGCGUCAGGUCUUUGAAGAAGAGCACCAUAUCUUGUACUUGGACCAUGGUGGAGUUAUUGUGGCUAUCAAAGACACCUCUAUCCCUCUGAAAAUACUCAAGUUCAGCAUAGAUGAAGGCCAGACUUGGAGCACACAUAAUUUUACCAGCACUUCAGUCUUUGUAGAUGGAUUACUUAGUGAACCUGGAGAUGAGACACUGGUCAUGACAGUCUUUGGACAUAUUAGCUACCGUUCGGACUGGGAACUGGUGAAGGUCGACUUCAGACCAUCCUUCCCCAGGGAGUGCACUGAGGAUGACUAUGAGUCUUGGGAGCUCACAAAUCUGCAGGGUGAUCGUUGCAUCAUGGGCCAGCAGAGGAGCUUUCGAAAGAGGAAGAUUUCAUCAUGGUGCAUUAAAGGGAGAAGUUUCACAUCAGCUCUCACAUCCAAAGUUUGUGAAUGUGUGAACUCUGAUUUCUUAUGUGAUUAUGGGUUUGAGCGCUCUGCACUUCUGAAGUCGGAGUCUAACAAAUGCUUUGCUGACUUUUGGUUUAACCCAGAAGCACCUCCUGAAGACUGUGUGCUGGGGCAGGCAUACACCAGCAGCACUGGGUACAGGAAAGUUGUUUCUAAUGUGUGUGAAGGUGGAGUAGACCUGCAGCAGAAUGUAGCACAGCAUAUGUGUCCAUUGAUUGCUCCCAGGGGACUUCAGAUCAGCAUCAGAGAAGAAAGCCUGGCUGUUAGGCCUGGGGAAGACAUCACCUUCAUUGUCAGACAAGAGCAGGGUGAUAUAUUGAGUACCAAAUACCAGGUAGAUCUUGGAGAUGGCUUUAAGGCGAUAUAUGUGAACCUUACGAUGACUGGAGAACCCAUCCGUCACCGCUAUGAGAAUCCUGGGAUUUACCGUGUGUCAGUGAAGGCUGAGAAUGUGGCUGGGCACGAUGAGGCUGUGGUGUUCGUCCAAGUCAACUCUCCACUCCAGGCUUUAAACUUAGAAGUGGUUCCAGUCAUUGGAAGAAACCAGGAGGUGAACCUGACAGCCAUCAUACUGCCUAAGAACCCUAAUUUGACAGUUUUCUACUGGUGGAUAGGAAACAAUCUUCAGCCACUGCUCACAUUGGAGAGUUUUCUGGUGACCAGGUUUGCUGAGACAGGUGAUGUCCGAGUUACAGUGCAAGUUUCCUGUGGGAGCUCCAUGCUGCAGGACUCAAAAGUUGUCCACGUUUUUGAUCAUUUUCACGUUCUUCCUUUGAAGUUUACUAAACACCUGGACAUGUACAACCCCGACAUACCAGAGUGGAGGGAAGACAUAGGGCGGGUAGUAACUCGACUUCUUGCAAAGGAGACCAAUAUACCUGAAGAAACACUCCUGACAGUUGUGAAACCUGGUCUGCCCACAGCUGCUGACUUGCAUGUGCUACUACCAGCAAACCAACCAAAAAAGAAGAGAAGUUUAACUAGUGAUAAGAGAAUAGCAGCAAUAAAGCAGGCCCUGAAUGCACACAACAUCAGUUUCUUUCUGAGGGGAGGAUACUGGGUCUUGGUGACUUUAGCUGACUCCGGUUCAGACUCUCAGAGGACUGGAGGAGGCAGUGGCUACUGGGCUAUUGUGGUUCUCUUUGUUAUUUGUCUAGUUGCAGUUGGGGCUUUCAUCCUCUACAAGUUCAAAAGGAAACUGCCGGGCAGAAAUGUCUACGCCCAGAUGCACAAUGAAAAAGAGCAGGAGAUGACAAGCCCUGUUAAUCAUAGUGAGGACACCCAGAACAUCAUCCAGGGUGAGGAGUUUAUUGAUGAUGAUCUGGACUCUCAAACACUAGGUAACGCAAGAGUGACUCCUUCUGGGAGAAGUGGCAACUUGAACAGCUACAGAGUUCCCUUAUUGCUGAUGCCGGUCAGUGUCCAGUCCCAGGCAAUCACUCAGGCGUGGUUUUGAGCAUCAACUCCAGAGAGAUGCACAGUUACCUGGUUAGCUGAUAUUUGCAGCUGAACACAAAACCUGAAAGACUCUUCUCUGUACCAUUUUAUUUUUCCCUGGUGAUGUCACAAAAUUGCAAAUAUGGCUGUAAAUGCUGAUGGAGAGGAGGUUUAAUAUCAGUCCUGUGGAAAAAAGCAUCCAUCAUCAGUUACCAAGGGCGAAGGAUAAUAUGUCAUGUUCACCCUAUGGCCUGGGAACUCAUUAUGAUUGAAACUCAAACUAUGGUAGCAAAUCUGUAGCCCUAGGCACCUUCAAUGCCACCUUAUUUCUUCUCUGUAUAUGCUCUAUUUCUUUAUGUUUAUUUUUAGAAAGAUUGACUGUAACUUUUUAAUUAUAUUUUUAAUUGAGGUAUUCAGCAGAAGGCUGGGACUCUUCAUCCUGGAAAGGUGAUUUUUACACAAGUGACUAGACCAGAACAGAUGGUUGGUUGAUCACAAUGACAAUUUUUUGAGGAGGCCAAGUGUUUCUGUACUGGGAAAGGACUGAGAGAGAGACAAAUGCACUCCUAGUUGAGAAAAGCUCUUAACUUAAACAUGUGUGAGACAAUCUAAUGAAUUUAGGCUUAGAUCCUUCUGCAGAUUAAAGGAAGUAAAAUGUUAAUUAGGAUAUCUCAUAAUAUAUGAUCAUGCUCUUGUAAGUGUAGCAAGUCCUGACAAACUGUCAGCACCAGUAUCUCCCCCAAUCCCACCCUGUGUGAAAGAAAAACACCAGCUUGAUGCUAUUUCCAGACCAGGUGCCUUCACUUGCAGACAGUCAUUUCAGUUCCUCUCUUCCUUUCUCCUGAGUGAGCACCUCUAGGAUGAUGGCAGCUGCCAAAUGAGUUAUCCUGUAAAACCCUGUGCUAGUGGCCUGUCUCUUUUUAAAUUUCCAGAGAGUGUAAAUACCUCUUUUAAGUCACUUUCUUUGUAUGGUUAUUUUUUUAAAACUU